AUGUCUACAACAAAGUUUGCCAAAAUCCAUACACUUGAACAAGACCAACUUAGCCAAGAAAUCAAAAACAUGCUUUUGUCUCUUCCAAGAGAGAAAGGUUGGAGAACACCUUACAUAUAUCUCUUCCAAGGAUUUUGGUGCCAACCAGCUGAAAUCCAAGCCAUAAGCACUUUUCAAAAUCACUUCCAAGCUAAAGAUAGUGAUGUCUUUGUUGCAACUGUUCCAAAGUCAGGCACAACUUGGUUGAAAGCUCUCACUUUUGCCAUUAUGAAUCGCCAACACCAUUUCAUUUCUUCCAAAAACCAUCCUUUGCUUAGUUUCAAUCCACAUGAUCUUGUUCCUUUCAUUGAAUACACUGUCUAUGGUAAACAUGACAAAGUUCCUGAUUUGUCAAAGUUUCAUGAGCCUAGACUUUUUGGCACACAUAUUCCAUGUCCUUCACUUCCCAACUCAAUCAAAAACUCCAAUUGCAAGAUUGUUUAUAUUUGUAGGAACCCUUUUGACACUUUUAUCUCUUCUUGGAUGUUUGUCAACAAGAUUAAACCACCUUCCAUGGCUACAUUGAGUUUAGAGGAAGCUUUUGGAAUGUAUUGUAAAGGGUCAGUUGGGUUUGGCCCGGUUUGGAAUCACAUGUUGGGUUAUUGGAAUGAGAGCAAAGAGAGACCAAAAAAUGUUCUUUUUUUGAAAUAUGAGGACUUGAAAGAAGAUGUGGUUUUUCAUUUGAAAAAAUUGGCUAACUUUUUAGAUUGUCCUUUUACCUUGGAGGAAGAAAAAGAGGGUGUGAUUGAAAAUAUAAUAAACUUGUGUAGCUUUGAGAAAAUGAAGGAGUUGGAGGUGAAUAAGAUAGGAACAUUUGGAAGAAACUUUGAGAAUAAGUUCUUGUUUAGAAAAGGUGAAAUUGGUGAUUGGACUAAUUAUCUUUCAUCUUCAAUGGUUGAAAAAUUAUCCAAAAUCUUUGAAGACAAGUUAGGUGGAAGUGGCCUCAACUUUAGAGUGAAAUAA